AUGGCAGGAAAUGCUCAAUAUCCACAUUAUCUACCACUGUUAACUGACGCAAAAGGAGGGCGCGGCGGCAGAAUGGACGACGCCGGCAGCAACAAACAACGGCAAGCCACACGAGUCUUCAAGAAGAGCUCGCCAAAUGGCAAGAUCACAGUAUACUUAGGAAAAAGAGACUUCGUAGAUCAUAUCACACACGUAGACCCGAUUGACGGCGUCGUAUUAAUCGAUCCAGAAUAUGUGAAGGACAGGAAGGUGUUUGGCCACGUGCUCGCUGCGUUCAGGUACGGACGCGAGGACCUGGAUGUGCUGGGGCUUACAUUCAGAAAGGACCUCUACCUGGCCGCUGAACAGAUAUACCCAUCGACGAACACAACAAAGCGGCCACUUACACGGCUGCAAGAGCGCCUAGUCCGCAAGUUAGGCGCGGCGGCCCAUCCGUUCUACUUUGAGUUGCCUCCACACUGCCCCGCCUCGGUCACGCUGCAGCCCGCUCCCGGCGAGACUGGCAAGCCUUGCGGUGUCGACUAUGAACUGAAAGCGUUUGUCGCCGACUCGCAAGAUGACAAACCACACAAGAGGAACUCGGUGCGACUGGCGAUUAGGAAGAUAAUGUACGCGCCGAGCAAGCAAGGAGAGCAGCCCUCGGUGGAGGUCUCAAAAGAGUUCAUGAUGAGUCCCAACAAACUGUACCUCGAGGCUUCACUAGAUAAGGAGUUAUACCACCAUGGCGAGAACAUAGCAGUGAAUGUUCACAUAGCAAACAACUCCAAUAGAUCAGUAAAGCGCAUCAAGGUGUCAGUGCGUCAGUUCGCGGACAUCUGUCUCUUCUCUACUGCUCAGUACAAAUGCACGGUCGCUGAAACAGAGAGCGAGAAACCAAAGUCGUUGACGAAGAGACUAUUUAGAUUCCCAUACAUUGGGAUAUUGAACAAAAAAUACAGUAUGCAGCCCGUGGAGGGAUGCCCAGUUGGUCCAGGCUUCACAUUAAGCAAGGUGUUCACGGUGACUCCGUUACUCGCCAACAACAAGGACAAGUGGGGACUGGCGCUCGAUGGACAGCUCAAGCACGAGGACACCAAUCUGGCGUCUAGCACGCUAAUUGCGGACCCGUCACAGCGAGAGAACCUAGGUAUCAUAGUGCAAUACAAGGUUAAGGUGAAGCUGUGUCUCGGACCACUUGGGGGUGACCUGAGCGCCGAACUCCCGUUUAUUCUGAUGCACCCCAAGCCUGAAGAGGAGCCACGCGCCGCUCCCGAUUCGGCGCCACGUGCCUCAGACCACGACCUCAUACAGCUCGACCCCCAUCCAGACGAGAACGGCCAGGAACAGGACGACGAUAUCAUAUUCGAAGACUUCGCGCGACUUCGGUUGAAGGGGGCCGACGCAGACGCCUGA